CUCCUCCUCCUCCUCUGCUAAACAUUCACGCAUAAAGACGCUCCGCUCUCAGCCCACUUCCACAUCUACUGCCUCCUCCUCCAGCGGUUCUUCUCCUCUCUCUCCUCUGCGAUUCGUCUUGAAAGCCAGCCAUCAUGGUUUCCCAUAAGGAGUUUGUGGGUGCAGGGAAGCAGCCGGGGCUGCAGGUGUGGCGUAUCGAGAACUUGGACCUGAAGCCUGUUCCGAAGGCCCUGCACGGCAGCUUCUACACGGGCGACGCCUACCUGCUGCUCUUCACCACCUCGGCCCCUUCGUACAACAUCCACAUGUGGCUGGGGGACGAGUGCUCACAGGAUGAAAGUGGAGCCGUUGCCAUCUUUUCCACGCAGCUGGACGACUUCCUGGGUGGUGGGCCCGUGCAGUACAGGGAGUUGCAGAACUCUGAAUCCAACACCUUUCUGGGAUACUUCAAGUCAGGAAUUAAGUACCAGAAAGGGGGCGUGGCCUCAGGUUUUCAGCAUGUGGUGACAAAUGACAUGAACGUGAAGCGCCUGCUGCAUAUCAAGGGUCGCAGGGCCAUCAGAGCGACAGAGGUGGAUCUGUCCUGGGGCAGCUUCAACAAGGGGGACUGCUUCAUUGUGGACCUGGGCCAGGACAUCUAUCAGUGGUGUGGCAGUGAGUGUAACCGAUUUGAGAGGCUGAAGGCCUCCGGGGUCGGCAUCGACAUCAGAGAUAAUGAGAGAAACGGCAGAGCCAAGCUGCACAUGGUGGAGGAGGGGGAAGAGCCAGCAGCAAUCAUAGAGGCUCUGGGGCCAAAACCCACCAUUGCACCCAGUACUCCGGAUGACGAGAAGGUGGACACCUCCAACAGAAAGAAGGGGGCCCUCUACAUGGUGAGUGAUGUCUCGGACAACUCUGGCUCAAUGAAGGUGACGGCCGUGGCUCCUUCCAGUCCUUUCAAACAGGCCAUGUUGUCUCCUGAAGAGUGCUUCAUCCUGGACAACGGAGUGGACAACAACAUCUUCGUCUGGAAAGGUCCCAAGGCCAACACUUCAGAGCGUAAAGCAGCCAUGUCCGUGGGCCAGCAGUUCAUCAAAGACAAGGGCUACUCCAAUAAGACACAGAUCCAAGUACUUCCUGCAGGAGCUGAGACGACUUUGUUCAAGCAGUUCUUCAGUGACUGGAGGGACAAAGACCAGACCACGGGCCCCUCUAAGGCCUACACCAUUGGACGCAUCGCCAAAGUGGACAAGGUGCCUUUCGAUGCCUCCAGCCUGCACUCCAACAAGGCCAUGGCAGCCCAGCACGGCAUGGUGGAUGAUGGAAAGGGAAAGGUCCAGAUUUGGCGUGUUGAGGGUGAAAAGGUUCCUGUGGAUCCCUCUUUCUACGGUCAAUUCUACGGUGGAGACUGUUACAUUAUCCUCUACAGCUACAGGCUUAGUGGCCGAGAGCAACACAUCAUUUACACCUGGCAGGGCCUGAAGUGCACACAAGACGAACUGGCAGCUUCGGCAUUCCUCACUGUGAAGCUCGAUGACUCAAUGGGAGGAUCCCCUGUUCAGGUGAGGGUGACUCAGGGUCAGGAGCCUCCACACCUGAUGAGUCUGUUCCAGGGCAAACCCAUGAUCAUCCACAGCGGCGGCACCUCACGCAAAGGCGGACAGUCAAGUUCCGGCAGCACUCGCCUCUUCCACAUCCGUCAGAGCUCUUCCCACGCCACCCGUGCUGUGGAGGUCAAGGUCUGUGCUUCCAAUCUGAACACCAACGACGUGUUUGUGCUGAAGUCCCCGAGCGCCUUGUAUGUGUGGCGGGGAGUGGGUGCCAGUGACGAGGAGAUGCAGGCUUCCAAGCAUGUGGUGGCUUUCCUGGGUGGAAAUGCCAAAUCUGUGUCCGAGGGCAGCGAGCCAGGGGACUUCUGGACUGCUCUUGGCGGCAAGAAGGAUUAUCAGACCUCCAAGAGUCUGCAGAACAUGGUCAAGGCCCCGCGGCUGUUUGGCUGCUCCAACAAAACUGGAAGACUUACUGUUGAAGAAGUACCAGGGGACUUCGACCAGUCAGAUCUGGCCAUUGAUGACGUCAUGCUCCUGGAUACCUGGGAUCAGGUCUUCCUUUGGGUUGGCAACGACGCUAAUGAAGAGGAAAAGACGGGAGCUCCCAAAAUAGCAAAAGAAUACGUGGACUCAGACCCGUCUGGUCGCAAAGGCCUGCCCAUCACCACCAUCAAACAGGGAGCAGAGCCUCCCACUUUCACUGGCUGGUUCCAGGCCUGGGAUCCCAAGAUGUGGGAGACGGAUCCAUUGGACAGAAUCCGUGCCAGUUUCCAAUAAAACCAAAAAGCCUGUUCUCCCAGUCGGACUCCUUAGCUGUCCAGCAUCUCCUAAUGCAAUGUAUUGUAUCUUACCUCCCAUCCCAAGUGCCAAAACUAAUGUUACUGUAAGUUUGAACGGCUGCCUCCGUGCCUUGUUCACGGUGCAGCACAUUCCUUCAAAAUAAUGAAUCGGUAGUCAAAUGACUUCUGGUUGCAACAAGAAUACCUUUAAUUGAUAGCGGUUCAUUGAACUGUCGCAUCCAAUAGCAUAUCUCUAUCUAAACCCCUUAUGAGAUAAGAAAAUAGGAAAGGAAGCCAUUUUAGACAGCUGGAGACGCCCUGUGUUCCUCUCUGCGCUCUCUUUCACCUCAGAAGACAGCUUCAUGCUUUCCUUUCGUGCCUGUCUUGGCCUUGUUUUCCACCACGAGCGUCAGAAACAGUUCACUCCAUUACUGCGCUGCGUUUACAUGUGUUGCGUUUUAUCGUUGUUACCGGGAUGAUGUGCCGUACUAUUCUGUGCUUGCGAGUGUUAAAGGGCGCACAGCGACAUGUUCGCCUGCCUGUUGCUUCUAUUGCUUGACCCUGAAAUGCUGACCUUCAUGGCUUCAAAUAAAACUCCCAAAAUGUCA